GUGUGAUAAUGACAAGGGCCCGGCGCGCUAGAAUCGUCACCGAUCACUGCUGUUAGUUUCCAUUGGAUUUUCGUUAAUACAAACGUGUUUUCGUCUAGUAGCCUUCGGUAAAUAUUCCGUUUUGGUUGCCGUGAUGUUGUCAUCGAAUCUUUAUAAUUUUUUUGUGCACAUACCCCACUAAAGUGCUUCUUUAGAGAAGGAAAAACACACUGGAUUAUGUUUAUACUGUAGGUGCGGCCAUUUUAAAGGGAUAUUGUGUACUCUCACGCCUGAUUUUAGGCAACACUUAUCGCGGUUCGGAGUGUUUCUUGCAUAAAUCCCGGUACAUUUAGCCUCACCCACUUUGCACAUAGUGACCUGUGGUGUUUUCAAAUGACAACCUAUAGUGCGGGCGAUUCGUUUGAAACUUUUAUUAGCUAACCCAUCAAAAUUCUGUAAUGCAUUCAUCCUUAAUAUUAUAAUCGUGUUUCGUUUUCGAGUUAUUUUUUUUUUAAAAUGACGGAAGAAGAGGUACUUUUUGACGAAGUCUAUGAACUCUGCGAGGAAAUCGGAAGGGGUCCCUUCAGUUUGGUGAAAAAAUGUAUUCAUAGACAGACCGGUCAACAUUUUGCCGCAAAAGUUGUGGAUGUGGCGAAAUUUACUUCGAGUCCAGGCUUAAGCACAGAUGAUUUGAAAAGAGAAGCAACGAUAUGUCAUAUGCUCAAACAUCCGCACAUCGUAGAACUGCUAGAAACCUAUUCGUCUGAAGGAAUGCUCUACAUGGUUUUUGAAUUUAUGGAAGGAUCAGAUUUAUGCUACGAAGUUGUAAGACGAGCAUCAGAAGGAUUUGUAUAUAGUGAAACAGUAGCUAGUCAUUACAUGAGACAAAUUUUAGAAGCAUUGAGAUAUUGCCACGAGAACGAUAUUGUCCACAGGGAUAUUAAACCGGAAUGCAUCCUUUUAGCAUCAAAAGAAAAUUCUGCUCCAGUAAAACUUGGGGGAUUUGGUGCAGCUAUCCAGCUUCCGGAGCGGCAUUUGGUAGCAUCCGGAGGUAGAGUUGGUAGCCCUCAAUUUAUGGCUCCCGAGGUUGUAGAAAGACGACAAUAUGGAAAACCUGUUGAUAUAUGGGCAGCUGGAGUGCUUUUACACGUCCUGUUAUCGGGAACUCUGCCAUUUCAUGGCAGCGGAAGAAGAUUACAUGAUGCAAUAUGCAGAGGAAAACUUCAUCUGGAUGUAUCUCCAAAUUGGCAAUUGAUAAGUGAUAGCGCAAAAAAUUUAGUUCAACAAAUGCUCGCUGUAGAUCCCAAACAAAGAGUAACAAUACAAGAAGUAUUAAAUCACAAGUGGUUGCGGGAUCGCGAUAAGGGAUUGAAAAUUCACCUAUCAGAGACUGUAGAGGAAUUGAAAAAAUUCAAUAGUCGUAGAAAAUUGAAAAGCUAUAUUCUAAGCGCAGUAAAUUCUAGUAAAUGGUAUCCUUACGAUGAUACUAAUGCAGAUUCCUUUUCUGAUUUUGGUGAUGAUGAGGUAUCUUCCUGUGCUGUUUCGCAAAUACUUGACUGUUUAGACGAUAUAUACUGUCUACAAGAAACGCAACCCCACGAGAGAGCUCAUCUUUUGGAACUAUUGGAAGACACUCGUCUCCACGUAUUACUUGAGCUUUUCGAUCGCAUUGACAAUCGUGUGCUGACACCUCUUCGGGCGCCGUUGAACGACGCGGUGCAGUGCGCUCGCGACGCCGCCGAUAUUCUCCGGGAACUCGAACAUCGUCGAGAUAUCGAUUACAGAGACCUGCAAGAACUGAGAGACUUGCUCUGUAGACCUCAUUUUAAGUCCCUUCUUCAAGCUCAUGAUGUGGUGGCCCACGAAGUGUACAGCGAAGACGCAAUACGAGUCACCCCGCCACCUUUACUCCCAUACCUCAAUGGAGGUGACGAUUUGGACGGCGCGAAUGGUGAAGUUGAGAUGGAAAACGUGACACGAGUUCGACUCGUUCAAUUUCAGAAAAAUACUGACGAACCAAUGGGUAUCACGUUGAAAAUGAACGAAGAUGGGAAAUGUUUUGUAGCUAGGAUAAUGCACGGAGGGAUGAUCCAUAGGCAAGCUACCCUACACGUCGGAGAUGAAAUCAGAGAAAUUAAUGGUAUGCCCGUGGUGAAUCAAUCAGUCAACGCGCUUCAAAAAAUUCUCAGGGAAGCCCGAGGGUCAAUUACAUUCAAAAUUGUACCUUCGUAUCGAAGUGCACCACCACCCUGCGAGUUGUUCCGGAUAAAACCUCUGCCAGUUUUAAUAUUCGUUAGAGCACAAUUCGACUACGAUCCAUUAGAAGACGAUCUUAUUCCAUGUGCCCAAGCUGGUAUUGCCUUCAAGACGGGUGAUAUUCUCCAAAUAAUUAGUAAAGAUGAUCAUCACUGGUGGCAAGCCAGGAAAGAUAACGCUGCUGGAUCUGCGGGCCUCAUUCCAUCUCCUGAACUUCAAGAGUGGAGGGCUGCUUGUUCAGCAAUGGAAAAAUCCAAACAGGAACAAGACGUGGAAAAAGGAUGUUCUUCUCAUGCUAAUGGUUGUGAUGGUACUACAGUGAAUUGCUCAAUUUUUGGUCGAAAGAAAAAACAAUACAAGGAUAAAUAUUUGGCGAAACAUAAUGCUAUUUUUGACCAAUUAGAUUUAGUUACAUAUGAGGAGGUUGUGAAAUUACCAAUGACAGACCCAGCAUUCCAGAGGAAGACUUUGGUCCUUUUGGGUGCCCAUGGAGUUGGAAGGAGACAUAUAAAAAAUACUCUCAUAGCGAAACAUCCAGAUCAAUAUGCUUAUCCGAUACCACAUACAACGAGACAACCCAGAUCAGAUGAAGAAAACGGUAGAAGUUAUUUUUUCGUAUCUCAUGACGAAAUGAUGGCGGAUAUUGCUGCUAACGAGUACUUGGAAUACGGUACUCAUGAAGAAGCCAUGUAUGGCACUAAAUUAGAUACGAUUAGAAGAAUACAUCAAGAUGGUAAAAUAGCCAUACUUGAUGUCGAACCACAAGCACUUAAAGUGUUACGUACGGCUGAGUUCUCACCAUAUGUUGUGUUCAUUGCUGCCCCUGCAUUGCAAAACAUAGCGGAUUUUGACGGUAGCUUGGAAAGAUUAGCCAAAGAAUCCGAUAUGCUCCGCCUAGCAUACGGGCACUAUUUCGAUCUAACUAUAAUAAAUAACGAUAUAGACGAAACGAUAGCUGCUUUAGAAUCGGCAAUCGAACACGUUCAAACAACGCCCCAAUGGAUUCCAGUUUCAUGGGUCUACUGACAGGAGCAGUCACCGGAUUCGGGAUCUUACCAAAAUUUUUAAACCCGUUUUCCCCAAUAGCCUAUCCUCACUUAUAUAUACAGUUUAUUGAGAUAUAUGUGGAAUAUUUGAUAUAAAAAUGUUAUGAAAGAUUCCAGUAAUUAUUGUCUUGUCAAAUCAAUCUGAUUUGAAUACAAAAUGUAAUAAAACCAACAUCCAUCUAUAAUUUGUAAUUACUACAAUGAAAACUGCUUUAUAAAACCAUCUAAUAUUUUCUCAAUUUUUCAUGUUAGCAAAUUUUAAGGAAUGUAAAAUACAGGUCUGGUUAAUUUGA